AGUUAAUAUAUAUAACCUCAAAUUCAACGGAAAAAAGUUCUUGUGCGUGAAUUUAAAUUUUUGUUAGAAGUGAAGAUCGGUAUAUAUUUAUUCUAUAAUUGACAUAAUAUUAUAUCAUAAUGACAUCAACGCCGCAAACUGAAUUCAUACAUUCAACUCCAGUGCCCAGAAUAUAUAAGAUUGCCUCCAAAAUUGCUAAAAAUGUGAAAGAAGGAAAGGACAGCUUGAAAAAUCUUGUUUUUGCUGAAAAACAUGUUAAUAUCAAAACUGUGUAUGCCCUAGUUGUGGAAGCUUUCAAAAGAGAUGAAUUAAUUGAUGUACUAAUACAAAAAUCAGGUUUACUAGUUAAGGAGCCAAGGUUCAAUUUGUGGUUAGCUAAAAUUUUAAUUUCUGAAUUAUUAUGGGGAAAAAAUAAAAUGAGUAAAGGAAGUAAACCUGUUGACACUAUCUUAAGUUAUGAAAAAGUUCUGAAAACAUUGCUGGAAGAUUUAGAUAGUUCUGUUCAACCUGUUUUGAAGCAUAAUGUAGUGAAACCAAGAUAUGUACGAGUUAACACAUUAAAAAUUACUACUGAUGAAGCUGUCAACAACUUCAGAGAUGAGGGUUGGAUCUUUGUACCAUUUUUCAAUAAAUCCGACUACAAAGGUUUUCAAAAGCGUAUAGAUACACUCAAGUCUGAUGAAUUCAUGAAAGAUAUUCACAUACCUGAUUUACUGAUAUUUCCACCAAAAACUGAGUUUUACCAACAUCAGGCUUAUAAAUCAAGUUGUAUAAUUUUACAGGAUAAAGCAAGUUGUUUACCAGUUCAUAUAUUAGCCCCAACACCUGGAUCUAUAGUUCUAGAUACAUGUGCUGCACCUGGAAUGAAAUCAACUCAAUUAGCAGCUCUUUUGCAAAAUACAGGAACAGUUUAUGCUGUUGAAUUGAAUCCAAAGAGGGCAAAUUUAUUAAAGGAACUUGUGGAAUCAGCCAGUGCUACAUGUAUAAAAACAAUUUUUAAGGAUGUCAUGCAAGUGACAGCUGAUGAUUGUCCAGACAUUGAAUAUAUUUUAGUUGAUCCAAGUUGCUCAGGGUCAGGUAUCACUGAUCGUAUAGAAAUUGAAAAAUUGGAUCUUCCCACCAAAACGGAAAGACUGAAGAAACUAUGUAACUUUCAAGCUAAAUUAUUGAGACAUACAAUGACUGCUUUUCCGAAAGCAAAAAGAAUUGUUUACUCUACUUGUUCAAUAAAUUCUGAAGAAAAUGAGGAUGUUGUCAGACAAACAUUGGAAACUUCAAGACAUUUCAAACUAGUAGAUGCAAAAAAAUCAUUACAGUCAUGGAAUACGAAAACAUCUAGCUUAUAUCCAGACUUAGGAAAUAUGUGUAUAUUUGCUACUCCUGAAGAAGAUAAAACAAAUGGAUUUUUUGUUGCAGUCUUUGAAAGAUUACAGGAAGGUGAAAAAAACCCAUAUUUGAACUACCAAUUAUGCAAAUUUUUUGAUAAAGAAUCUAGAAAGAAUAAUAAUUUUUGUAAUAAUCAAGAGACUGAUGUGUUUUGUGGGAAGAAAGAGAAUUGGAAUAGAAAUAGUAAUACCCAGGAGAAUGAAAGAAGUUCUAAAAAUUCUCCUAAUUCAAAUGAGAAUUAUUACACCGCUGAAACAUCUUCCAUUGAGGCAGAAUAUCAAAACAAGUGCUCAGAUAAAAAGAUCAGUAAAAAAAAAAAAAUUAAUCAUACCACUGAAGAAACAGCUAUGAAAAGUAUAAUAGAUACCACCAAUAAUCAAAAAAUAAACUCUGAUAAUAUGGGUAGUAAUGAAGUAACUCCAAAUGAAGAGCAGAGUGAUCCUAGUGAACAUUCUCAGUCGAAAAAAAGCAAAAACAUUCAUAAUGAAAAGAAUAUGAAUGAAAUAUUUCCAGAAAACCUGUGUUCUAAUGAAUGUGAUGUUAUAGAACGUAAAGAUAGGAAGAAAAUGAAGAAAAUGUACAAAGACAAUAGUGAGAAAACAUUUUCCGAAAAUUCAAUUGAUCAAAAUACAAUAUCAACAGAUGUUAAAAAAAAACACAAAAAAUUAAAUAAAAGAGGAAGCGACAAUACUGAAGGUACUGUUGAACUUGAGACAGUAUUGGAAAAUUCCUCUUCCAAUAGUGUCAAAUCACAAACAGAAAAGAUAAAAAGUAAAAAUUCUCAUAAGGAAAAAAUUGGAAAAAAUAUUGAUGAUUCAGUUGAACUUGACCUCUCUUCGAUUAAACCAAAAAAGAAGAAUGAAAAGUUAUUAAAGGAACAAAAUGAAAAUGUAAAAGAUUCCAAAGUUAGUGUGUUUGAUGAUAGCUCACUAGUAAAAAAAAAGAAUAAAAACAAAGAGAGCUUUGAAAAAGAAAAUGCAAUUGAUGAAGAGGAGAAAAGGGUAAAGAAGUCACAUAAAAGAGAUAAAAAAACUGAAUUACUAUCAAAUCAAUAUCAAGAAGCAGAAGAAAAUAAUGAAAGAAAAAAAAAUAAGAAAAGAUCUAAAGAUUUGGUCUUGAAAGAUGAGUUAGCUUUAAGUAAUUCUGAAGCAAAAGAAAUAUCUGAAAAUACUGAAGUUAGCGCUUUCAAUAGUGACAAACAACAUAAAAAGAAAAGAAAACAUAAAAAUAGCAAUGAACAAGGAAAUGUGACUGAUGAAUCUUUUUUGGAGUUACCAGAAUCAAAUGAAUCCACGAUAAAAGCAGAGAAAAUUAGUAUAAAAACUGGAAUAAAGAAAGAAUCUAAUAAAAAAAAAGUUGAAAAUGAAAUAUCUGAAAUUACUAAAGUUGGUGAUUUCAAUAGUGACAAACAACAUAAAAAGAAAAGAAAAAAUAAAAAUAGCUCUAAACAAGGAAAUGUGACUGAUGAAUCUUUUCUGGAGGUACUAGAAUCCCGUGAAUCCACAAUAAAAACAGAGAAAAUCAGUGUAAAAACAGAAAUAAAGGAAGAAUCUGAGCAAAAAGAAGUUGAAAAUGAAAUAUCUGAAAUUACUGAAGUUAGCGAUUCCAAAAGUGACAAACAACAUAAAAAAAAAAGAAAAAAUAAAAAUAGCUCUAAACAAGGAAAUGUGACUGAUGAAUCUUUUUUGGAUUUACCAGAAUCCCAUGAAUCCACGAUAAAAACAGAAAUGAAGGAAGAAUCUGAGCAAACAGAAGUUGAAAAACCCAAAAAAAGAAAGAAAAGGUCGUCUACUGCUAAUAAUGAUUUGGAAGAACCAAAAUCAAAGAAGAUGAGAAAAAUUUAAAUCAAUGUACAUUUGUUUUGUAAAUUUAUAUAUAUAUUUUUUUAAGAGGUUGUUUUUCAGUUGAAUAAAAAUAUUUUCUUGCUUGAAA